AUGACUAUCUAUUACCUUUGUACUGGAUCAACAAAAUACAAUUAAGAAAACGCAAAUGUUAUUGCUAGAGAAAAUAAACAUAUUGAAUUACCAAAAGAGUACAACAAAAUUCAAACUUUAUUUGAUAAAAUGAUACAAUUAGAGGCUUAAAAUAGACCUUCGGCCUCACAGCUCAAAGAAGACUUGAUGAAAUUCAUAGAUGAAGAGAGUCCUAUUUUCUAAAACUAUCAAUCAUCGCUUUUGACCCAUCUUAUGAAUUAACGCAAAAGUAAACUUCAAAAACUAGAAGAAGAAUAUGAAAAGCAAAUUCAAAGAAAUUUUAAAAGAGAAGUGAUUAUGUAAAAUAGCGAUUAUCAAAAGGAAUUUUAGCUUUUGGAAAGGUCAUAAUUUAAUGAAGAUGAAGAAGAGAAAAAAGAUAUCGAAAUUUACAAUGCAUAACAGGAUUAGAUUAAUAUGUAUCAUUGUUGCAUGAACAGAAUGGCAAUGUAAAAUGAGUGA